AUGGGCAAGAUUAUCUUCUAUGAGGACAAAAACUUCCAGGGUCGCUCUUAUGAGUGUCACUCUGAAUGCCCAGAUUUGUCUUCAUACUUUAGACGCUGCAAUUCUAUCCGUGUAGAAAGUGGAAACUGGAUCUUGUAUGAACAUCCCAACUACAAAGGGCACCAAUAUUUUCUUCAUAAAGGAGAAUAUCCUGAUUUCCAGCAAUGGAUGGGUUAUAAUGACUCCAUUAGAUCUUGUCGCAUAAGCCCCCAGCAUCAAGGUUCAUUCAGAAUUAGGGUCUAUGAGAAAGAAGAUUUUAGAGGUCAAAUGAUGGAGUUCAGUGAAGACUGUCCUUAUGUUUAUGAGAGAUUCCGCUACAAUGACAUCUAUUCUUGCCAAGUGCAUGAUGGAUAUUGGAUGUUCUAUGAGGAGCCCAACUACAAGGGGCGUCAGUAUUACCUGAGGCCUGGAGAGUUCAGAAGAUACAGCGACUGGGGAGCUACUACUCCUAGAAUUGGAUCCUUCAGGCGUGUCCAUCAUUUCUAA